ACAGAUGACAUUGUUGACGAGAUGAUUGGAUGUGGCCGGUGGCAGCUCUUGAUAACUCUUCUUCUGAGUUUCUGUACCCUCAAUCACACGUUGAACACUGGUACCGAGGCACUGAUGCGUCCAGACGGUUGGUGGUGCAAAAAGCCACAUUUUCUUCAUCACUGGACUGAUGUACAGUGGAUACUGUACAGUCACAGCAUCGAAUCAUUUCGUGGACUCGCCUUCAACCCCCGAAGAUUCUCCGAGAGGUCUUUGAGGUGCAGGGGGAUUCGGACACUUUGAUGAUGGAAAAAAAUGCAAACAGUGAAGACACCGAAGCAGCUGUACAAGUUCCUCCUCCGUUCGUGCGAACAACUACCGAAGGCUCCUCAGGCGUUCUACAAGCACUCGAUCAAGCAGAGCUUUAAACAACAUGUUAACGAGCCAGACCCCGAGAGGGUGAGGCAGAUAAUGGAAAAGUCGUUGAGUGAUGCUGAAUGGUUUUUUAAGAAGUACAAAAUCGACGUCGACUCCCUGCUAUCAAAACCCCCCAAAUAACCCACAGAAUCAUGGAAUACCACUUGUCAACCCAAGAGAUCACCGUCCCCCCUCCCCAAUUCUGGAAGACAAUUGAGUUAUGGAUCAACAACCCUCACCUUAUCAACCGCCGAGUCUUAUCGUCGGUCACCCUCUCUAGAUCGCAAUUAAGCACCCCUGACGCUCUUCUGGAUCGACUCCAGCAUAUUCCUGUGGAGAAACUAUCAGCUUCACCAGUCCUUCCCGACAUUUUUCCCCUCGCAACUUCAUCUCCAGAGGACAUCGAUCCCUUCGCCACCCCAGAGGGUCACUACCUAUUCAUAAGGAAAUUAUUUCCUCGAGACGAGGACAAUUUUUCGACAACUGUUGAUUUUUUCAUUCUCGACAAAUCAAAAUCGUCUGUCACGUGGGUCUCAAGGAGUUUGGACCCAGAAAAACGUUGUCUGGGGUUUCAAAUGCCUUGCAGAAUAACUCUGCAGGACAAAAACCUGAGAAUGUCAAUUGGAAACAACUCCAGGGGACCUGCAGAGGACGCAACUCUCAAUUGGCUGAAGGAGAGACUCUUCCCCAGACUAGUGAAAUGGAUGGAAGCUGAUCCCCCGAAGAAUAAUCUCGUCGAAGGAUCCCUAAACCUGGUGUCACCAGAGAAAUACACGAAUUUAUACAACAGUUUGAAGAAGAAAUAUGGGACUGAGCUCGUGGACAAAUGGCCAGAGUGCACAGACCCAGCGAAAUUUGUGUACGAAGACAUUGCGAUCGCCUCUUACUUGAUUUUACUCUGGGAAGAGGAGAGGAGGGAGAAGGGAAUCGACGAGAAACAGUCAUUUUUGGAUCUUGGGUGUGGAAAUGGACUGCUGGUGUUUAUUCUGACGAGCGAGGGGUAUCCAGGGGUGGGAAUCGAUCUUAGGAGACGAAAAAUCUGGGAUUUAUUUGGCGAUACGAGAUUGGAAGAAAAAACAAUAAUUCCAUCAUCAAAAUCGCUAUUCCCCACGACCGAUUGGCUGAUCGGUAAUCACUCAGACGAGCUGACCCCCUGGAUCCCAGUGAUAGCAGCUAGAAGCUCCUACAGCUGCAGAUUCUUUCUACUCCCCUGUUGUGCCCACGAAUUCGAUGGUAGAAAAUUCCAGAGGGAGUCUGCUUCGAGUAGUCAGUACUCAGAGUACCUCAGGUACAUUAGAAAGGUCUGUGAGACCUGUGGGUUCUCCACAAAGCUCGAUAAACUGCGGAUUCCCUCGACCAAGCGAAUCUGCCUCAUCGGUGUAGGCCGGAAUUACCCUGAGGUUGAGACAGACUCCCAGGACGAAAAAAUCGAGGAAAUGAUCAGCGCAAGGUCCCUGAGCCCUCAGGAGAACGAGAAAGCCUCGGACGAAUGGGCGAGGGACUUCAAGCCUCGAGAGAUCGUCGAGAGAGUCAGGAACUGCACGCAAGUCGAUCGGAAUGUCAUCAACGAGAUAGUGGAGCUUGUCUCCACGGAGCUUCUGCGAAAGACUCGAAAAAUCACCCUGAAUCGCCCAGGGGACUCUGAGGGACUCUGGAACGCUGGGGGGCAGUUGGAAUUGAACGAAAUAGCGAGACUGGUCCCCCCAGAGAGCCUCAAGCAACUGAAAAACGAGUGUGGAGGUCUGCAGACUCUUAUGAAAAACAACAGCCACAUAUUCCAAGUGACAAACGGUUCUGUGCAGUUCAGAAUUCCAGGCUCUCCCUCAAAUUCCAAAAGAAAAAAAUCAGGAAGAUCGAAAAUUGUGUUGAGAGUCAAGCCCUGUUGGUUCUUCGACAAUCAUCCUGAUGGGUGUCCCCUCCCCGAUGAAACCUGCAACUUCAAGCACUCCCCAAAAGUUGUAAUUAAUUAGUAAUAAAUUACGUUGCUUAUUAUUAAAAAUCAAUUUCGUCAAUUUCGAAUUGCAGAAUCGAAGAUUUAUUUGUACAAGAGGACAAUGAUUUUUACAAAAUAAUUGGAAAUAUGAACACAAAUUUUUCCACCGAUUACAAAAGCGAAUACAUAAUGCAGUAUAAAAAACAUUAUCACAAUUCCAUUAAAUUAAUGGAUUGCCCCUACUAUUGGCAUUCUAGGAUGUGCCAUCUGAACGAAACAGUGAGAUUAGUCUUCCCAGAGAGCCUCAAGCAACUGAAAAACGAGUGUGGACAAACGAUUCUGUUCAGUUCAGAAUUCCAGGCUCUCCCUCAAAUUCCAAAAGAAAAAAAUCAGGAAGAUCGAAAAUUGUAUUGAGAGUCAAGCCCUGUUGGUUCUUCGAUAAUCAUCCUGAUGGGUGUCCCCUCCCCGAUGAAACCUGCAACUUCAAGCACUCCCCAAAAGUUGUAAUUAAUUAGUAAUAAAUUACGUUGAUUAUUAUCAAAAAUCAAUUCCAUCAAUUUCGAAUUGCAGAAUCGAAGAUUUAUUUGUACAAGAGGACAAUGAUUUUUACAAAAUAAUUGGAAAUAUGAACACAAAUUUUUCCACCGAUUACAAAAGCGAAUACAUAAUGCAGUAUAAAAAACAUUAUCACAAUUCCAUUAAAUUAAUUGAUUACACCUACUAUUGGCACUUUCUCCUAGCCUCAACUAGCCACAAAAAUAGCUGUUCCCAGUAUUUUCAUCGGCAAUCCAUAAACAUUAUAUACAAUUCUUCGGCAUUUUCACGAGAAAAUGAAACGAUUUGAUCUUCGACCUCUUCACUUGAGGAAUUCAACCAGAGAAAUAUCGUCCAAACUCAGCAGCCUAUUGACACUCAUCUGAUUAUCGACAUCCUGCGUGACUUUAGCACUCAACUGCUGUCCCCUCCUCAGUUUCUUCCCCUCGGCGGUGUCCAGCUGGUGCACCCUCCUGAGGUGGGUCCGGAGGUUGCCCUUCUGCGUGAAAGAAUAAUCGCAGUGAGGGCAGGAGUAGGGCCUGUCCCCAGUGUGAUGCUUCUGGUGCAUCUGCAGCGUGACCUUCUGAGCGAAAGACUUGGUGCACAGCUGGCACUUGAAGGGCCUCUCCCCAGUGUGAAUCCUCUUGUGUCUC